GCUGUUACCAUAUUUACAACAGUGUGAGUGUAUUGUAUAAGUUAAACCGACACCCAGCUGGCGGUAAUGUUUUGAUGACGGACCCAAGACUCUAACGUUCACUUCCGGUCCGUGUUUUCAACACGUGAGCGAUGGCUUCACGCGCCCAGGAGUUAACUCUGGUCGGUCUGUGUGAUGGAGAGCUGGACUCGAAGCGGCACCGGUCCUCUUAUCUGACAAACAAAGUCGGGGGUCCGCCGGACUGGAUGCCGGCCAUCUCCCGCCGGUCUCCCCGCUGCAGGCACUGCGGAGCCCCGUUAGCUCACGUGGUGCAGGUGUACUGCCCCCUGGAGGCCUCACCCUGUCACAGAAACCUCAACCUGUUCGCGUGCCCAGGUGCUGAGUGCAGCGGCAGGGCGGACUGUUGGAGGGUGCUCCGCUCUCAGUGUCUGGAGGAGGCGGAGACAUCCAGCCGGCCUGCCCCGGCUCAGGAGGCUCCUCUGUCGGCCUCUGACUGGUGUGACACCGCUGAUGACUGGGGGGUGGAGGAGGAGGGUGAUGGAUGGGGAGGAGGCGUGAAGAAGGACAGGCAGGUUCAAGAGGAGGCCGGUGAGAUGGCUGUCAGCAGCCGGCUUCAGGAUCUACAUCUUGGAGACUCACAGGAGGAAGUUCCCGUCCUCCGUCCGUUCUUCAUCAGCGUGGUGGAGGAGUCGGAUCUGUGCGGAGAGGAAGACGACCUGUGGCACGCUCAGCAGCUGCUGAGGGAGUACGAGAGGAGAGAAGGAGUGGCGCUGGGAGAGCUGGAGGACAACGAGGGCGGUGGGGAAGAGAAGUACGAGAAGACGAGAGCCAGACACGGAGACGCCGUCUUCUCCAGGUUCAUGAAGAAGAUCUCGCUCUGUCCUCAGCAGGUCCUGCGCUACUGUCGCGGAGGGAAACCGCUCUUCAUCUCCGAGCCGCCGUCCAACAUGGCCCAGGUGGUGUCGGCGUGCGGCUCCUGCGGAGGAUCCAGGACGUUCGAGCUGCAGCUGAUGCCCGCUCUGGUCAGUCUGCUGCGCAGGAAGGACGUCAGCAGCGCUGAGGCAGAGCUGGAGUUUGGCACGGUGCUGGUUUACACCUGCACCAACAGCUGCUGGGCGGCAGCAGGAUCAGCUGUGGAGGAGCUGUGCUUCGUGCAGACAGACCCAGACCAGCAGCUCUUUCAAUGACUGAGCGGGUGAUCUGUCGGAUCCUCGCUGCGAUCUGUCCGUUCAAACAGAAGCAAGACGAUAAACACGGAACUAACCCUAACCCUGAAGGACUUUAAGUUUGUCCGGUGCCUUGCUCAAGGACACCACGGCAGGGCAGGAGGUGAACUGGGACCUCUCCAAGUCGCACUUGUUUUAGUUCUGGUCGGUGCUCACAGUCCUACUGACUGAGCCGGAUGCAGACGCUCUCACACAUGCGUCCAGAUUCAAGUCUCGUAAUAAACAGGUCAGCACUGGAAACUACAGCUGAUGUUUGGAUAUCACAUAUUUAACUUGCAACACUUUCUGCAAAACCAUAAAACUGUGCCUCGUUUAAAUAAAGUCUAAAUGAACAAGU